AUGGCUAAUAAUUCAACGCAUUUCUCCGCAGUACCAAGCGAGGUUCUUCUGUUUUCAGUUGUUUUUAAAUUCAUCGCAAUGAUUAUUGGAAUUUUGGGAAACAUGACAGUUAUAAUCUAUUCAAUUUUGACGAACAAGGAAAAGACAGCGACAUCGUAUUUGGUAGGAAACUUGGCAAUGGCAGAUCUUCUCGUUUGUGUAACCUUUUAUCCAAUGUCGAUCAUUGAGUUUACACUGACUAUAUUAAACAUUGAUAGUGAUCAGAAUCUGUUUUGUAAGUUAAGUCGUUCUACCAUCUGGUCGUUGUUGUUCGCUUCAGUGUCUACACUUCUCGCCAUUACUGUUGAUCGUUAUUUAUAUAUUGUAAAACCUCUCAAGUAUCCGAUGAUUGUGACCAAAGGACGAGUUUUUCUAGCUAUUUCUGGAAUUUGGCUGACUGCGUGUUGUCUUUUCGUAUUUUUACUAGUUCAUUGGAGAAGAUUUGAUUUCAAAUUAAGAAGUUUUUGCGAUACUAAUAAAUAUAUGCAGCGUUCUAUAGAAAUUUUUGUUUACCUACCACUUACUUUAAUACUAAUUCUUAACAUCCGAAUUUUAAUUGUUGCUGAGAAACAACGAAAACGUAUCUUUGCUGAAACAGCAGUACCCAUUACAGCUUCCGACGGACAACCUAAAAACAAAAUGUCUGCUACAAUACAUAAAUUUUUUCACGCUGUAAAAGCACUUAAGACAUUUUCUAUUGUUGUUGCAGUUUUGGCUUUCUGUGUCCUCACUCCAACUGUAGUUGGGUUGGUGCUACGAUAUUCCUGUAGUCUGUCAUGUGAACAGAUGUGGUACGUAGUUUUUAAUUAUGAACUUUAUGGAAUAAAUUCGAUCGUGAAUGCUUUCAUCUAUGGAAUGAGACAUAUCAAAUACAGAAGAGCUUAUCGACAUAUUCUAUUCAAAAUUCGUCGUUGUAAUCAGCCUAGCGACUAG